GGGAAAUGCAGGAUAAGGGGGUUAUGGAGAGGGUGUGGAUGGGUGGGGAGACGGAGGGAUGGAAGGAGAGGAGAUUGAGGGAGGAGCAGGAGGCGUUGGAUUCUGGGAAGGGGUAUGGGGAUUUGAUUAAGGAGCAUAUCUGGGAUGUGUGGACUUGGGGGAAGAAUGAUGGGGAGGGGAAGAAAGAGUGAGGUUUUAUUUCUGUGCACAAUUGUAUAGUAUGUGUGUUGCAAGCAUCUUGGAUGGGCGUUUGGGGCUUACUUUACUGACUUUGUGGAGCGUUGGAUAUGGGUCUUUUUGUAUACUAUGUAUAGUAUGGUUAUGUGUGAUAUGUGAUGGUGUUUCUCCACUUAUUGUCACUCUACUGAUGGGUUCUGUUGUAGGAGUUAGGGUUGGAAAGGCUGAGGGAAGGCAUAUUUGCUAGCCUAGCUUGUGAGCAGCAUAACUCCUUUGAUGGAGU